AUGGAACAUGGAUUACUCCACGGCUACAAACCGGUUCGUUGGGACAAUUAUUCUCUUACAAUCAACAAUCUAUCUCCUGUGGAGGGAGAGAGAGAUGCAAGGAUUUUUACUACAUCAGUCUCGACCCCGGAAGCUCUUCGCGCCUCACUAGACAGACUCAUCAGAGACCGCUUGGUUUCUUCUGUGAAAGUGAUUUGUAACAAGCUAACAUGUCAAUCAGAAGGGUAUGGUUUUGUUGAGUUUCUUACACGAGCUGCAGCUGAAGAGGUUCUUCAGAACUUUAACGGUUCAGUAAUGCCAAACUCCGAGCAGCUCUUCCGUCUAAACUGGGCAUCUUUUAGCACUGGUGAGAAGAGAGCAGUUGAGAAUGGUCCAGAGCUAUCUAUAUUUGUUGGAGAUUUGUCUCCGGAUGUGACUGACACUUUACUGCAAGAGCUCUUUGUUGAGAGAUAUCCAUCUGUCAAGAGCGCUAAAGUUGUGAUCGAUUCCAACACCGACCGGUCCAAAGGUUACGGUUUCGUUAGGUUUGGUGAUGAAAGUGAGAGGUCAAGGGCUUUGACUGAAAUGAAUGGAGCUUAUUGUUCCAACAGGCAAAUGCGUGUUGGUGUUACUACCCUUAAAAGAGCCGUUGCUCAAGAAGCGCGGUCAGUGAUGUCCAUUGAUCGGCAGUGA